CAUGCUCAGCACUUGCGAUACGGGUGCUUCAGUCUCUCCUGGAUUCCUAAAGAAAACGAAAUAUUUCCAUCGUCCCUCAUCUUCUUUCGAUAGGUGUGCCGGAGAAAUGGGAUCGUCGUCGUCGUCGUCCUGUCAGGCAGUGAAAGUCCGCACAACCAAGCAGCUGCAAUCAGUCUUCGCGAGGAUGUGCACAUGGAAGACGAAGCGAAAUAAGAAAAAACAGAAUUCAUAUAUUACUGUGGCCCAAAGUGUUGAUGAGCAUAUUUAUAGUGAUAUAGAACCACGUCCACUAACUCCCAGGUCAAUGGAUAUAUCCCCAGCUGACGUAAGUCUCACAGGGAUCAACACACACGCUGUGUCUGAAAUCCAUACUUCCGAGGCACCGGAGUCUGCUCACCUUAUCGAAGAAGCUUUAAAAAUCAUCAAAGAGUCUCACGAUAUACUAAGCAUUGAAGUUGCUGCUUCUUUACUUAAAAGCGAGAACUACAACAUACAGUCCAUAGAUUCAGUUAUAAUCCAGGAAGGGACCAAAAUCUUUAAUCAGCAAUGGUACGCCGUCAAUAAACAAACAGGAAUUAUAGAAGCCAAUGGGUCAUGUAUUCCAGUACGCAUAGAAAAACUGAAUAAGCUGCCAAAUGAAAAGGAAAAUGAAGAAGACCCAGAAUAUAUCAUAAUGGACCGAGGAAAUAAGACCAAGGAGAAAUUUAAAAACAAAUAUGGCGAACAAGAGGAAACAGUACGAAAAAAAACGAAUAAAAAAUUAGAAAAAAAAUCUAACUUGUUUGUCAUCGUCAACAUCAAGAAAGGAACAAAAAAAAAAAAGUUGCGUCAACAAAAUUCAUCCAGUGGGAGUACGUUUUAACCGCAGUCUUUAUUCUAAGUCUGCGAACUUGUUCCAUCAAAGAUCAACAAUCGUCUACAGGGUCAAAGUUCUAACAUAAAAUUUAUAUAAAAGCUGUAUAAAAGCUUUAAUAAAAAAGCUCUCUUUUAUCUGACCUUAUUUUCAAAACUCGAAAACAAGUUCAUCGUAUUUUUAUUGAUAUACAAAUUUUAUUUUUCAAUUCCUUGACUACUGGAUUCCCAAUAAACUCUGUUUUGGGAAACUUGCUGUAUAUUGAUGACUUUUCGAGGCCUCUCAUGGUGACUUUUAUGUUUUGAGAAAAUGAUGAGAAUUU